GUCGAGUUAGACACAAACACCUGCAACUCUCCUCAUUUCGUAAAUAUUACAUGAAAUUUACAAUGAAAUGACAACAUGAUAAGAAGAAACACAUUUAUUUUAGAACAAUUUGCUAAUUAACAGUACUAAUCAUAUCACAUAGAAAGGAGGCCUAAAGUAGAGGAACCAGUAGUCAUGUCAGGAAUAGAUAGACAGAACAUUAUGAGGCUGAGAAUCAACAGGAUUGCCAUUGUCCAGGAGCUGCGGGUGGAGUACAUUCUUAACUACCUCAAAGAUUGUGGUGUCAUUAAUGAAGACGACCAAAGAAAAAUUGACAUGGGCACAACACCCUCAGAUAAAGCUCGAAGGCUGGUUGAUUUACUUCCAUCAAAAACUCACAUUCAAGAUUGGUAUCAGAGCUUCAGAGAAGCAUUACUGAACCCUGAAGGUGGUCCAGAGGUAAAGAAAAGAUGUAAAGCUAUGGUUGAAUUUCUUGAUAACACAGUCAUACAUAGACCAACAUCCCAGAACUCACGCUUCAGUGGAUCAGACGCCUCUUCUAUGAAAUUACCACAUUAUGAACCAUUACCAAUGAUUGACAAGGAACCAAGAAAGAGCAUUCCACAAAAUGUCUUGAAUUUAGAUAGUGAGAGGCAUAAAGGAACUGUCAUGACUGUCAAAGAAGACUAUACAGCAGAGAAAGGAGUUAGAGAUACAGUACCAGAGAGAGAGGAUAAAAUGAUUCCAUGGAGCAGUGAUCAGAUGGACUCCAUGACUCUAGUGAAAGGAUUCUUCCAGCAAUGGGUAUCCACACCAGAUAACUUUAGAUCAUUAAUACAGGUACCAGAAGAUCAUUUUAAAAGGCUGCAGGAGUCACCUGCUUUAGUAGAUAAAGAACAGCUUGCUGCAGAAACCAAAACUCUAGAAAAAAUGAGAAAACUAGAACUUGUUACAGUAAUGGCUAGGAGAAAACUUCUGCCUGAAGGUUUUGAACUGUGUAUGUGUGAUGUUGUUCAUGAAGUUCUCUUUGAUAAGGACAAUUACCACUUUUACUUUAAAUAUUUGAAAAAUUUAGAACUUUCUGAUGUGAAUUUAAUGGUAGAUAUUGUUAGUUCCUUUGCUUCUAUUAUGAACAACAUGGAACCAACAAAGGGAGGAGUAAACAUGGAACAAGCUGUGAAGUUAGGAUUCAAUCUGAUAGAUUUUGUAGCUGAGUAUGGUUAUUUUACUCAGGCAGAGGUGAUUAUGACAGUACUGCUGAUGGUUCUUAACAAAUCACAAAACAUGGACACAUGGAUGGCAAAAUAUAAAGGUUUAGUUAAACUGAUGCAUUUCCGCAAUAUGAACUAUGAUUUUCAGGGAGUUCAGAUGGCCUACAAUUUAUCCAAUGAAUUAAUGUGGAAAAUAAAUAUGAUGUCUUUUGGUCAGGAUCUGGUUGAUAAAGGAGAAUACUUUAUCGAGUUGAGCACUUUAAUGUUGGAAUAUGGCUCAGCAAACUCUUCAUUUGGUUAUAUUCAAAAGGCAAUGAAGGAAGUCAAAACAGAGGAUCCAGCCAACAUUAUCCAUGCAUUGUGUCAAGCUGUUAUGGUUUACUCAGCCAAGUGGAGCAUUAAAAGAGCAGAAACACUAGCUGUAGAAGCUGUGCAACAGGCAAAGGAACACUUUGGAUGUAGACAUCCACUGUACGUCAAAGCCUUACUUCACUUUUGUCAUUUCUCAAGUGAAUUUAAACAAGACCAACCAGGUGUAGAUGUGGCUAAGCAUACAUUGGAUACAGCUAAGAUAGUCUAUGGUUGUGAGACAAUCCAGCUUGCUCUGGCUCACAGAGCUCUUGCUAAAGCAUUACUUGUAGUACAGAAUUUUGAUAACAUGGAUUACCAUUAUCAUGCUACAGAAGCUCUGAGGAUGGCGAGAGGUCUACUGCCAGACAAACAUCCCAUGUUACAUCUCUUUUUACACACAUCCGCUUCAGCAUUACAAUGGAAAGCUCUACAUUCCUCUAAAGACCUACAGAAUUCAACAUUACGAUUAGCAGAAACACAGGCUAUUGAUGCUUUAGAAAUUGUGGCUACUCAUUACUCAGAAAUUAGUUUAUGUACAGCUAGAAUGUGUGUGCUGCUUGGUCAAAUUAAAUCAAAAAUGGACAUGGUAGAAGAGGCUGACGAAUUACUACAUAGAGCUAUUGUAUAUAUGAAGCUUUGUCAACCAGAGAACAGCAAUUAUCUCCUCUUGGCAAUGGCUACACUAGCAACAUUACACAAAAUCUUUAAUAAACCAAAGGAAGCUGUUAAUUUGUUCAGUCAUGUUGUUACACAUGUUGAUUCAGCUGGUGUAUACCUGAAGUGGGUCCAUGUUUGUUUUGAUCACCUGAUCAACACACUACAGUCCCUGAAUCAGAACAAAGAAGCUGAUGAGUUCCAGAUUCAGCUGUCACAAUGGCUACGAGACAAUCCAGUAUAUGAUAAACAGAUCACACUGGAAGAUCUGACCGCCAAACCAGAAUCUUUCUCAAAAUUCUUAGAUAACUUCAAUGUCUGGGAAAAACGAACCAAAAAAGUUUUGGACUUUGCUAAGAAGAUAGUGGCAACUGGAGAAGACAAGUGAUAGUUUGAUUUGUAUUUACAGCCUAAUUGGUUAUGACUGUGUACAACUUCUGUGUUCCUCUAUGUAAUCAUCUGUUUAAAUGAUAUUUUAUUGUAUAUUUUGACAUCCUUUCCUUUAUUUGUCUCAGACUUCUUUGAAAUAUGAUAAAUAUGGUGUAUAUUUUUAUGAUAAUACAUAUUUAUGAUAAAAACAUUUCUACUAUAAUAUAAAUUGAUUGUGCACCAAAAUAUUCUGUUUCUCUUGACUGAUUUCAUACAAUUUAUAAGGAACAUUCUGAAUUGAACAUUCAGAGUUCUCCUGCAGUGACCUAUAUACAAACUCUAACAAUCAGAAUAGGAUUUCUGUGAUAGCUUCCAUUUUUACUCAUAUUUCUCUAUAAGAAAAAUUUGCAUAAUAUUUUUAAUUCAUCAUUAUACACAUGCAAUUUCACAAGACUUUAUCAUUGAUAUUUUCUUUUUUCACUAAAAUUAUAGUCUCAGCUAUCAAGGGAACUAUAGUAUGAGAUAAAUAAACAACAUAGAUGUGAAAAUUCUGGAAUGAAACUAGAUUUUUUUCUACAAAAUUCAUCUGAAUUACAAACCAUUUAAUAAAAAGUUUUUUUCAAACAUUUUUUCAACUCACCAUUAUUUUCAAAAUACUAUGAGCAUGAUUUUUAAUGGGAGUGUAGUCUCUGAAAUUGAUAAAGUCAUGGGUUUUUUUUCUUAUCUUUAUUUCUUAUAUAUUUUCAUACAUAGUUACUUCAUUUCCAUAUCUUGGUCAUUAUGCCAUUUAACAAAUAUUGAUGACUGAAAUAUUUUGUAGAUAUUACAUUGGUAUAAGAUGCCAGUGCUGAACUUAAGUGGUAUUAGUGGAAAGCAUUCUGUGAUAUACAUAUAUUAUCAAUACUUAUUUUUAUUUUAUGGUAUUAUGAAUAAUCAUUGUCAGUUUGUUGGUUUAUGUUAGCGGUUUUGUUUUAUUUUCACUUACUGAUAUUUUUUAUUUCAAGCUAAAUUGUAAAUAUGAUUUAUUUCCUGUUCAUAUUGAUGAGCUGUAUUGAUAAUAACCAGUUACAUUUUAUAUACAAAUAUGUCUUCACAUUGGUUAUAUUAUAAUUAAUUAAGUCUUAUAAUGCCAGUAAAAGAUUGGUCAAAUUUUGAAUUCAAUGUUAGAAGCAUUUUACUGCCAUAUGUUAAGGGUAUAGACUGUCAUAUAAAAUCAGAUUUAGAAUCACUGUAUAAUAUAAUGCACCUUUUGUAAUAUCUACUUGAAAUGUAUUUUGUUAAUUUCAAAUGCAGAACUAGGAUUGCAUUACAGUGUGGUAUUCUUUCCCUGUAUGUUUAUGAUAACUGAUUGUGUUAAUGACAGACAGCCUUUCAUGUAAUGUUGGGUUUGAAUAAACAAGGUAUAGACCAAUUUAAUCAAGUAUGCACAGUUGAAUGUUCUUGUACCAAGAUUCAGCGUAAUUAUAUUACUUUGAACACACUAUCUUUAAAAAUGUAAAUGUGUAUCUUUUAAUUUACUAAAAUAAAGGUAAAUAAAUACAAAUA